UGUCAACCUAUAGACAGUGCUCUAGCCUCCACAAGGCCAAUCAUGUUCAACCGUACCGCUACGCGACACCAGCAGACGGCGAGUAUUGGGGAUGUUAACCCCCUCUUGAAGUAUCCUCAUCGACUGAAUUUCUAUGAAGAAGCGCCACUUGAGCAAGUGACACUUGAACAAUUUGAGACAUGGGCAAUAGACCGUCUUCGGGUGCUUGCUGAGAUCGAGGCGGCACGAAUACGAGGUGGAAAUUUUGAAGCAUUGAAGACUGUAGUUUCCACGCAAUGCGAAAAGCACCUUCAACUUCAUUCAAACUCCGAAAAGGAGUACAAUCUUGACGAGGAAAGAUGGAAGGAUCGAGUCAGCCAUUUUAUAUUACGAUUAGCUUUCUGCCGGACUGACGAAUUACGGGGGAAGUUUGUGAGAGCAGAGACAGAUCUGUUCCGAGUUCGAUUCGCUGAAGCAAAACAAGCUGAAAGGGACGCGUUUUUGGCUUCGAAACGAUUUAGUGGGGAGCCAAUAUCUGACGAUGAGAAGGCCCAACUUAAGCGACAGCUUAUGGACACGACAUUCAGUAUCCGGACAGAGGAAGACUUUGCGAAGGAGAAUUUCUACAGGGUACCUUGGACGAAAGUGACCGAUCUCGUCGCACAACGGCGCGUAUUUCUCAAACGAGGUCAUGCUUAUGUACCAUCCACUCUCCAAUCUUCAAUCAUAUUUCAAGAGUUCCAAGCAAGGCUCGCAAACGCACUCGAACUCACGGCCCGUGCGCUACCUCGACUGGACGAAGAUGACCGACUCCUUCCAAUUAUCACACAUUUCUCUCAGGGGUUCUUAGCUGGUGUCGCUGGGGAACACGGCCGUUCGGUCGGGCAGUAUGGAGAUGCCGUCACUGCUGACAUGAUUGAUGACCUCGCAUGGAAGCACUUUCCACUUUGCAUGCGUCAUGUCCACGGCGGAUUACGGCAAAAUCGCCAUCUUAAACAUCAAGGGCGACUGCAGUACACUCUGUUCCUCAAGGUGCUGGGAUUACCUAUUGAUGAGGCCAUCCAUUUCUGGAGAGCUUCCUAUGGAAACACAAUGUCCGAUGACAGGUUCAAUAAGGAGUAUCGUUACAAUAUUCGACAUUCAUAUGGUCUGGAAGGCGGAAGGAAGAACUAUCCGGCAAGAGACUGUCGCUGUAUCAUCAUGGAAAAUCCUCCUGCAGUUACAGAAACACACGGAUGCCCCUUCAGGCACUUUUCGACAAGUAACCUCCAAUCGGCUAUCAAUGGUUAUUACGGUAUUCCCAUCAUGUCAGAGGAAAUGUCGGACAUAAUCCGCGCAGUGGAGAUGAGGCAUUAUCAUGUUGCAUGCACGCGCGUUUUUGAGCUCACUCAUGAUGGAGAAGGGCUGGGAGACGGAGAAAGCGUUACACAUCCAAAUAAAUACGUCGCAAGGUCUCGCGAGCUGGAGAAGGAGAAAGAGGCGAAGAAAGAAGUCGCAACAGAGGGGAUAGGGAAUACACUGAAACCCGAUUCGUAGUCGUAUAUUGAUUAAUGCUGAGUUCUGUUGUAC